AUGUUUCCUGUCAAGGAUUUGGGUGAUCUUCACUACUUUUUGGGAAUUGAGGUGCACCGAUCUGCUACAGGAUUUUUUCUUCACCAGUCUAAAUAUGCUCUUGACUUGUUAAAGAAGACUGAUAUGGUUGGUGUUAAACCUUGCUCCACUCCUGUUGCAUCUGCCAAACUGGAUCACUCUGGUACUUUACUUUCUAAUCCUACAUUUUAUAGAUCAAUUGUUGGGGCCUUGCAGUAUCUCACAUGGACACGACCCGAUUUGGCUUUCGCUGUUAACCAAGUCUGUCAGUAUAUGCAUUCUCCUCGGACCAUUCAUUUGCAAGCAGUCAAACGAAUCCUUCGUUAUUUGAAGGGUACUCUUGAUUCUAGUUUGUGUUUUACUAAAGGUUGUCAAAGCCUUACUGCGUGGUCUGAUGCGGACUGGGCAAGCUGUCCUAUUGAUAGACGAUCCACAAGUGGCUAUUGUGUUUUUCUUGGCCCUAAUCUCAUCUCUUGGAGUGCCAAGAAGCAAUGCACUGUUGCCCGCUCGUCUACUGAAGCUGAGUACAGGUCUCUGGCCCAUACAGCUGCUGAACUCAGUUGGGUCAGUAAGAUUCUGCAUGAUAUCUCCUUUCCUAUUCUCCAAACGCCUGCGAUUUUCUAUGAUAACAAGAGUGCAAUUGCCUUGGCCUUCAAUCCGGUCUUUCAUGCUCGGACAAAACAUGUUGAAAUCGACUACCAUUAUAUUCGGGAAAAGGUUCUCAGUGGCACAGUUAGUGUUAAUCAUGUUACAUCUCUUCUUCAACUGGCAGAUAUUUUCACCAAAUCCUUGCCUGCUCCUCGUUUUGCCGAGCUUACUUCCAAGCUUUCAGUUAGACCCCCUAACUUUAGCUUGAGGGGGUGUGUUAAGGAUACAAUAGGACCACCAACUAAGCCUAUAUCUGAUUAA